AUGGCGAACCCAAAGAAAACAUACUUUCUUACUCCCUCUUUCGACUAUCCUCCCCCGCCCAUAGGGCCUAUCCGUCUCGGAAACAUUCUCAUUGACCCAACCCUCCCCGAUCGCCCUCUAAAUCCUGGCUCCGCGCUUAUACCCCCACCCGCAGAGGCCCUCAUCACGACGGUGAAAUCGGAGUGGAAGUCCACGCUCAGCAAGUCCAACAAGGCGUCCAUCGGCUUGUAUGCUAAGUUUCUAGACCUCAUCCUUGGUGCCGGUGCCGACGCGUCGACGAACUGGGAGCGCGGCAAGGGAGAAGAAUAUGCUUUUGAUAGGCUAGAGACUACCUUUUUUGACCCUGCGACCCUGAAUGGCUAUCUGGAGUCUGCGGUGAAGGCGCCGAAUGUGGGACGGUAUGUCGAAAAGAGCAGAUUGCGUAAGCCAGUGUACAUCAUCACUGGGCUGAAGAUUGUCAGAGGGGCGAAGGCCAAAUCUAGCAAGAAAAGUGGGCACGGUGGUACGUUGAGUGUUGGAUUGGAUGGGGCUGCCAUGGCUGCACCGGUCGAAGCUGGUCCGGAGCUUGGAAUCCAGAGCGAGAGCGAGGAAGGCGUGAAGUGGAGUGCUAGUGAUGACUUCGUAUUUGCCUAUAGGGUUAGUAAAGUCAAAAUGAAGAAAAGGAACGGUGAGGUUAAAGAAGAGGAAUACACAAAGGGGGCCUUGUAUGGGCUGCCAUCAGAUGAGUCGAAGGAAUCGAGCGCUGUUUUUGAUGUUGACACAGUUGAAGGAGAUGAGGCCGUGGCUGCAGAGUUCGGAGGAGACGAAAUCGCGACUGUAGUCGAUGAGGACGGGGAGUGCGUUUGCGUGUUACCCUAG